AUCACGGGCAAGUAGGCAUAGCCGCCUAAAUGCCACAGAGCGUCGCAAAAACAGGGUUUGAAGCGCGACCUUUCGUGCACUCUCGGCAUGCUUAGGAUUCGCACACAAGAGCGCCAGCCGCUCCCACCCGCUGCAAGUUCAACACAUCCGACGCGGAUCCAUGCCUGCCACCAAAUCCCGACGGCAUUCGCACAGCGCCGCAAUCCCACCGUCAGGUCGCAACGCUCGCCUUAACUGAGCUAGGCCUUCACGCAAGCCAUGCACCCCGUGCUAGCACGUUACGAAAUGGCAGCCGAUCCAACGCGGCGCCUCUUAGCACAUGCCCGCCAGUCCAUCGCCACCACGUCCGUGGGUGCCAUCCCCCCACGCCGCCUGCCAGUAACCGACCGCCGACCGCCGCGCUGAGCGUCGACCCUUGGUCCGCUCAAAUACAGGUUCAUAACACGCCCAAGUUUCAUCCAAUUUUGUGGUCGCAUCGUUAAUUUCUGCGACCCUGGGCAAUUUUGACGAGGUGUGUUCGAGGUUCGCGCUCAACACCGGAGUGUCGCAGCCAACCCCGCAAGUUAUUUCCGUUUCAUUACGUUCGUCAAAAUCGCCCGGCCGGAUUGUCAAGUCCUAAGUUUUUGACACAGGGGGUUUUGAGAUCCGCAAUUUAAUUCCAACUCUCAAAAUUUUGUUAAGACUAGAAAGGAUGAUUAGAAGAACGGAGAAUAGAGGAGAUAAAGCAUCUGGGUUGUA